UAUGUAUGUUGCAUGUGUACACACACGUACACAUAUAUGUGAACUUGUGUUGACUUUAAAUGCGCUAUGACCAAAGGGGAGCGGUUUCAAGCCUCUGUGGGGCAGAGAGUUUCGAUUUUUUUUAUCCAUAUCUAUGUAUACUCGCAACGAAUUUACAAUUGAUACGAUUUGGUUCCCCACACAAAGAGAUGGAGAGACAUAGAGAGAGUGAGAGAGUAAGAAGAGAUGUUUGGUGAGAGUUCAAGCAAACGGGGGAGCAACUAAAUGGUCUUGUCUGAGCAUUAUACCACACUACCUCUUUGUCUGUUCAACCGAGCUCUCGUGCUGGUAUUUUUCUCGCUCGCGUUGCUGUGUAAAAUUAUUUAUUUUUCGUCGUUUUAUUUUGCAAUCGUUGGUGCCUGUCAUACAUACAAAUAUUUUAUUGCUGGUUUUGGUGGUAAAUUUGCAUUUGUUAAUGGCCGUGGCCAGACGUGCCCGCUUUUUAACUCAAACAAACAAAUAAACAAACACACGUCUCUCAAUGAAAAUCGAUCAUCAAGAUACAGUGUUUUUCUAUUAACUACUUGUAUAAAUCAAAACAAAAACAACAACAAAAGAAUAAACAAAACAAUGUACUGAAACUAAACCGAAAUGUAUACUAAGUACGAUAACGAUACCACAUAAGAUUGCCAUUGCCGCGCGUGUAUCUUGUAUCUGUAUCUUGUAUCUGUAUCUGUAUCUCACUGACCAACUACUGCAAGCGCAAACUGCACACACCUCAACCUCAGCCUCAACGUCAAGCUCAUGUUAAGAGCACUAUCGCUCGCUCGCUCGCCUCCAUAUGCCAACUUAUAUAUCUAUAGUAUUAUUCCUCGUACCGCCUAUCAACUACUACCAACAACCACAACAACAACAACUACAACAAGAACCAUCAACAUUCUGCAACUUGGCAACAAUCUCGGCUUUAGUUUCUAAAUGAUUAAAACAAAACAGUUUGAAUAACUAAGCCAUAUAAACAGCAAACAGUAAGUUUCAAGUUCGCCAAGUUUCCCUGAGCUCUGAGGGCAACAGCCGCAACCGCAACAUGCUGAACUCCAAUGCCAAUCAUUCUGGCAACAGCCGGCGGCCGUUUUCACGUAAUUCCUCAUCGGUUCGUUCCCAUCGUGGCCGUAUGCUCUACUCCCCGCAUCCUCACGGGCAACAGCAGCAGCAACAACAACAACAGCAGCGGAACAACAACAACAACGGCCUUGUACCGGGUCAUAGUCCCUGGUGCAAUGUCAAUCUCAAUCGCCACAAUAAUGACAACGGCAACAACAACAACAACAAUGCCAAUAAAGAUGCAAUCGAUGGCAGAAAUUUAAAUUGCGAUGUACAAACAAGUAAUUCUAGCGGAACUUGUAUUUAUAAUAACAAUAGCAAAACGCAUCAUCACAACAACAGCCUUAACCUUAAUCACAGUCAAGAAGUCCACAGUCAUCAUUAUCCACAAGUCCAUUCCCAUUCACAGUAUAACAGUAACAUUAACAGUAACAAUAACAGUAACAUUAACACUAACAUUAACAUUAACAUUAACAGUAACAGUAACAAUAGGUAUCAUCAUCAUCCAAUCACAAACAUUGCACACAUCAACAAUUGCAAUGAUAGCAUUAGUAGUAAUUUGAGUAAUAUGCGUACAUCACAACAACAUCACAAUGAAAACCACAAUCCCAAUGCCAAUUCGAAUUCGAGUUCGAAUCACAGUCACAGCUAUCACAGCUAUUAUGAUAUUUGUCACAGUGCGCCAUCUUCGCCAGCUUUUGGUUCCAUGUCCGUGUCCGUUGUCAGAGUGAAUCCAGCACGCUUAUGUUUAACUGUUGCCACCCCCUCCUCGCAGCAGCGCCGAUCCCCCCUCGUAGUGUCCUUUCCUACCAAUCACAACAACAACCAGAACAACCUACAUUAUUACAGCCAAUACCAAAGUUACAAUCAUAAUCAUCAAUAUCACAGCACCCAUCAUAACCAAAACUACCAUCACCAACACCAACAACCACAGCAAUUGCUACAACAACAACAACAACCGACUAAUCGCCAAUCCCUCCCGCUAACACGUACGAAUUCAAAUUCAACAACCGCAACAACUUUAAAUUCAACCAAUACAACAACAAAUAGUAACCCUACUGAUGUUGUGAAUGUAAAUUCUUGUACCGAUAUAAUUCCUCAUGGGUCGACUGUGCCACAACCUCAACACCAACAACUACAACAACAACAACACCAACAACAAAUGUGUUCACAACGACAACAACAACAACAACAACGACGAUCUCAAAAUCAUCAAUUGUCGCCGUCGCUUCUUAUGAUAAACUACAACCAAAUGACUGAUUUUCAUAUUAACAAUGCAUCCAAUGCACCUAUCAAUAGCCAUAACCAGUGCCCCACUGGCCCCCAGCAGGGACCGAGUCACGGACACCACAAUCAGCGUAGCUACAACAACAACAACAACAACAAUCGCGGCAACAACACCAUUAACAGUGCAAAUGGCAACGGAAUUGGAAAUGGUAACCCUAAUGGCAACCCUACGGAUUAUAUGAAUUACCGUCGAGCCUGUCAACACCACAAUAAUAACAACAACAACAAUGGCAACAACAAUAACAGUACAGGCAACGGCCACAACAACAACCGUCGUCACAAUGGCAGCUACGAUAGGAAUUCCAACAAUAAUCAUUUUGGCAACGGCAGCUCGGAACAAGGUCUAGAUCAUAGAUCUGAUGGCGGCUAUAAUUUUACGCGCAAUGGAGGAGGCGGAUAUGGUCGAAAUGGAUCCCAUUAUCAGCACAUGGGCAAUGGCUAUAGCAACAACAAUGGUGCAUCCACAUCCUCUGGUGGCCCGGGCUUAAUGGGUGACAUGCCCUCGGGCUCUGGGUUAUCGGGUUCGACACUCUCGCUAAACAAUGGACCCGGUCCCAACGGUCUCAACUCGGACAGUCCAUCGCGCAAGCGUCGCCGCAUUUCCGGAAGACCCAGCCAAUCACCGCCCGCCAUUUGGGAACCAAGACGCUCACAGCGUGUCAUGAUGCAACAGGGAAGUCCACCGCUGCGUCGACCACGCCUACGUGAUGUGGCCACAUCCACACAGCAGCAGCAUCAGCACCAGCAAUAUGCAGCUCAGCAACACCACUCGCAGCAGCAGCAACAACAACAACAACAACAGCAGCAGCAGCAACAGCCGCCCAGCUAUCAUCAAAUGCAUCACCAUCAGCCACAGCCGCAUUUUGUGUCGCAGCAACAGCAGGGUCCACAUCCCCAUGCCCAUGCCCAUCGAUCGCCCUGGGAUUUGACAGGCAAUGGCUCGGCUGUGGGCAAUGCCGGCGGCAACGGUGGCGGCCCGUCGUCCAGCAGCACAGUUGGUGCCUUGCUGCAGCAGGUGCAGGCGCCGCCACAAGCGCCAACUCAUCAGCAGACCGUGGCUGCAGGACCACCGCCACCUCCACCCACCUCUCUAAUGGUUGAUCUAAAUCUCAACCAGGUGCCAGUUAGUCUGGCUUUGCGUCACGAACCCAUUUGGGCCUCCUUCUGCACGUAUCCAACACACGUAUCUUUGCCAGCUCAGGCGCGUCUGGCACCUUGUCAUCUGCACGGCAUCUACACGCAACCCUUGUCGGCGGCACCCGCCGGCUUGGCGGCCGCACCGCUCCAGGUGGCCCAAGUGCCCACACCAACGCAGGUGGCGGCAGCUGCUGCCGCGGCACAGCACAUGAUACAGCAGGCAACAAUCACAGCACAGCAGCAGCAACGUGACGUGGCCGCAUUUGCGGUAGCCAAUUUAACACUGGAACCGCCGACACAUCACUUGGAUGGCCAUCAGGCAGCCGCUGCAGCAGCGGCGGCAGCAGCAGCAGCUGCAGCUACAGCGCCAGUGGGCGCCCAAGCACCUCAUCCACAUCCUCAUUCACACGCACAUCCGCAUCCACAUCCACAUCCGCAUCAGCUGCCGGCGAGUCAUAUACACAUCGCUUCGAUGAGUGCCGCCGCAGCGGCAGCGACACAGCAUCUACAUUCCACGGCGGCAGCAGCGGCAGCUGCCGCACACGUGACCCAGAUGUCGGCUGCACCACAGCAGAUCAUCAUAUCGUCGGAACGACGCACAUUCCCGCCACAUAGGCGCAUACCGCGCUUCUGGCCGGCAAAUCAUGGACCUCAUCGGCAUGUGCUGCCGCCGCAAUCGCUGGCCGCUCAUCAGGCACCAGUGCAGAUCCAAACCACCGCUGGCAUCAUCAAUCCGGGCUUUUUGCUUAAUUUCCUUGCCAUGUUCCCGCUUUCGCCCUACAAUCAACACGAUCUUAACUCCGCGGACACCAAUGAGACGGAGAACUAUGAGGCGCUUCUCAGCCUGGCUGAGCGUCUGGGCGAGGCCAAACCGCGCGGCCUUACCCGCAAUGAAAUUGAUCAACUACCAAGCUACAAGUACAAUCCGGAAGCGCACAAUGGCGAUCAAUCUUCCUGCGUCGUCUGCAUGUGCGACUUCGAAUUGCGCCAACUCCUGCGCGUUUUGCCCUGCUCCCAUGAAUUCCAUGCCAAAUGUGUGGACAAAUGGCUGCGCUCCAAUCGCACAUGCCCCAUUUGCCGUGGCAAUGCCUCGGAUUACUUUGACAGCGCCGAUCAUCAGCAGGUACAAGCGCAGGCACAGGCGGCUACGCAGACGCAGGGAGUUGCCACCACAGCUGGUACAAGCAGCAGUAUUGUUGGCAAUAGUGCCACUGCCACUGUCAACACUGUCAAUCCGGCGGUGGCAGCCACAGUGCCUGUUACAGGCGCCACUCAGCAGCAGAGUCAGGCAGCUUAAAGUGUUUGGCAACAAGCAAUAUCAACAAUUAUAGCAACAACAAAAACACAAACACUAGCUUUUGCCACAACGUCCAGAAGUACCCAGGAUUGGAGCACCUAUACAUAUAAACACACACACACACACACACACACACACACACACACAUACAGAGUUUGCCUACAUGAAUAAUUGAUAUAACGCGCAACGAAUCCAACUGCCAAAAUAGCUUCCCUUUUAACCAGGCCACUUCAAUAGCUUGUUGUAGAAUUUAAUUAGGCGGUAGUUGUAUGUAAGUAAUGGUAACAGUAACAGUAAAAGUAAUAGUAACGGUAACGGUAACAAACAAUAUCGUAACGAUUAACUUGUAAUCAUAAUCAAAUAUUCAUACCACCAAGAUUUCAUAUAUUAAGUGUGCUAAAAAUGAAUGAGCAAAAAAACGAAACAAAAAAAAAACGUUAAAAUUAUCACUGUUGUUUUUUUAAGCCGUUCUGUGCAAAAGAGUCAUUAAAAUCAAUUGUUGAACACAUUGUGAGCACAACUGCCGCCUGUGCUUCUAGUUUCCUUGCAUUACAUGUAACAACUCCAUAAAGAAACAUAAUGAGUGCAUACUAAGUAUAUAUGUACAAACAUACCUAUACUAAAUGGUGUAUUUUAAAAUGUUGCUGUCCACACACACACAUGCAUACUACAUACAUAUUAUUAACGCUAUAUAUGCAAAUGAAUAGAAAAAACAAAAAAAUGAAAAAGAAAUAUCAAAUAUAUUUGUACUUGUUUAUGCUUUACGUUUUCUUAUAUAUACAUACAUACACACACAUAUAUAUAUAUAUAAUAUUUGCAUUUCAUUUUAAUUUUUAUACUUAACAAAAUGUGUAUAUUAUACGAGCUGAACCCACUGAAGAAGUUUUUCUUCUUUUGCACUAAGCAAACAAAACAAAAACAAACAAGAAAAAAAUGGAAAAUAAUAAUAUGUACUAAAAGUGAAUAUCAAACUCUUUUCUAUUUUGCGUUUCAACUGUUUAAACAUUUUUAAUUACUAUACAUAACUACAUAUAUAAUGAAAGCAACUAACUUUGAAACAUAUAAGCAAUCUUUGAAAUCGACUUAAACCACAAAACAAAUGGGAAUCGUAUAGGAACAACCUACUACACACACACAUACAUACAUCAUGAUAUAAAUUUAGUAUAAUACAUACUACAUAGUACAUAUGUACACACAUAGAUACAUACAAACAUACAUACAUAAUAUGUAUGCUUAUUGGUGGGCUUAUUUAACUGUAUUGUCGUAGAGGUGUGCGUUAUUAUGAAAUUGCUAAAAAAAACUUGUAUGUUUAUCGUACAUAAGUACACAACCAGCAUUAACCAAUAUAGUGUGUCAUAUUCUUAUAUAUUUACCCGGACACAAGAUGCAACUCUUGAUUAAGGGCUGGGUAGCUCCGGUAGCUCCAGUUCCGUAGUUUUAUGCCUUUUCAAUACAGUAUGUAACGUGUUUAUCGUGCUCUACUUAGACACACACACACACACACAUACACACAUCUAAAACCUCCUUGAAUUUGAAUCAAUGUGACUUGUCUAUUAAAAGUAGCACGCUGGCCGAGCAUCAGAUGCAUAUAUAUACAUACAUACAUAUAUACAUACACAUAUAUAUAUAUAUAUAUACAUAUAUCGAUCUAUAUAGAGUUUUCUUCUAUUAUUAUGGUGUAUGCACUUAACUAGCCUAUAAAUCCGUACGUUUUUAACAAUAUACAUUAAAAUUAACAAUAACUAUGAUAAACAAUGACAAGUAACGUGUUAAUAUGUACGAAUAUACUUACAAACUUCAACAAAAACAAGUAAAUUGAAAUGAUUCCUGCCCUCCAUUCGUAUCAAACCAUUAAAACUAACUCAAAAAACAAAAGAAAAGUUUUUUAUAGCAUAUAUAGCAUUGAUUUUUUUGUAAAAUGCAUAUAUAUAUAUAUAUUGAGCAUAAAUGCAUACAAUUAUAAAAUAAACUAAAAUAGAGUAGCAUUUUCAAAAAGUACAUAAUAUCUACUAUCACAUGAGCCUAGAAGAUGAGUUGCUUUUAGUGAGAACUUUUCCUGUAUUGUGAGAUAAAUCUUUUAACUUCUACACAGCUCUACAUUUUCCGGUACCCACCCAAAAAAAAGGUUUGCAUUGCUAUUGGGUCCGCUAAGCGGCUGACUUUAACAAGUAUUCAAAAACAAGAUGAAGAAGAACAACAACGAUGAGCACGUUCUGAUUGCCCAAAUAACUACAAUAAUGUUUUCAAUUCUUAUUAAAUGCUAUGCAUAAAGUGAAGAAAUAUAAAUUCUUGAUACCUAGUAUAUAAUUAUACAUAUAUAUAUAUACAUAUAUGUAUGUAAAAUGUGUGUGUAUUUAUUUUUAAUCUACAUAAAUGUAAAUGGUAUUUCCAAAAGACCAUUAUAAAGGUGUUGUGCUUUUCUAGAAUUUUAUUAGUAGAAGAAAAUGUUUAUUUUUUGUCACAAUAAAUACAAAAACUAAAAUAAUAAAACGUUAUAAUGCAUAAAACAAAAUGGUAAAAGCAAAAAAUAAAUUUAAAAAAUAUAUAUAUAUACAUAUAUACAUGGAUAUGAAUUGAAUACCUUUUAUACGUGCACUGACAUACUUACCUACAAGUAUAUAAAUAUAUACAUAUAUAUAUUUACAAAAAAAAUUCAAUCAACCAACUAAGAAGCAAACAGCUAAUUAAACAGUUUCAAAAUUAUUUCUUUAUAAAAAUAAUUUCAGUUUAUCUUUUCCUCCUCCUUUGGUUUAUUGCCACAUUUUUCUGAACAUCUCAAUAAUAAGGUCAUGAAUAAAUGUGCCUAGUUUUUCUAACUUUUAAUGGUAUAUAAUUUCAAACACUUAAAAAGUCAAAUGCUUAUCAUAAAGUGUAAAAAAAAAAUAAUAAUAUAAAGUUUUGCUGUGAUUCGUGAUGUAGAUGUACGUUAUAUAUAUUUAAUUAUAUAAAAUGCAAUAAAAUUUCAAGCAUAUAAAAGCAUAAUUAUUCCAAAUUAUUACAAAAACAAAAAAAAAAUCAAAACAUUUACGCAUGACAAAUUUUCAAACAAUAUGUACGUCAUACUCUAACAUCAUUAUUGUCUAGAAUUGUGCAAUUUUAAAUGUGACUCUUAUUUUACAUUUUUGUAGACACAAACAGAGACACUCUUCUAGUAAUUGUAAAAUCAGUUAACCAUAGUCUUAAACAAAUCUUUUUCAAUGACAUUAUAAUGGUGAGCGGGCGUUUUUAAUGUUUAUUGCAAUAAUUUCAGUUUUCGUUUUUGUAUUAACUCGCAAAAUUUCAAUAAAAUUUGAUGAACGUAAAAUAUA